AUGAUAAGCUCAGCUGUAUCUGCCUCGAUCCGUCCAGUGGAGCGCCUGCCGCGCUGCGUGAAAGCAGAUUUUUGUGCUCGGCUCAUGAAGUCCGUGCUGCCGCUGUUUGUGCUCCUCCACACCUGUGCCCAGAGCUUCAGUAUUCACAUAGUCUCCAGUCCCCUGUUUGUCACUGUCCAGUCUGACAUAUGGCUUCCAUGUAAUUUCACUGGCUUGUCCGAUGAUGUUGAUUUUCAGAAGCUAAAAGUUACAUGGACAAGACAGUCAGUGCCAGUGGCUCAGUAUAACUGGGGCAAAGUGUCUGGUGGGCUGAGGUUCAGUUUGCAAGAAGAUCGUCUGAAGGCUGGGGAUGCAUCUCUGCACCUGAGUUCAGUGUCCAUGAAGGAUGAGGGUCAAUAUUGGUGUCGUGUUGAAUAUAAAGCAGAGAAAAUGGACAGUGAGGUCUACCUCAGGGUCAGAGCUCCUCCUCAGGUCCAUGUCACCUUGAGGUCAAAUUCACAUGGAUCUGAUGGGGUCAUUAACUGCAGCGCCACAGGUUUCUACCCUGCAGACAUCAAGUUCACCCUCCGGCAGGGCGGCGAGAUGUUGAAGUCCGAGAGUCCUUCAGCACGGAGUGAGCCAGAUGGGACAUUCAGUGCCUCAAGUGCCCACUCCUUCAAUUGGAGCACCAGGGUCGGAGAUCUGUUCUUUUGUGAAGUGAACCACGAUGCUCUGGAAGAGCCGAUCAGGACAGACCCCAGAAGAGAGUCUCCAGGAGUGCUGCUGACCACGGCAGUGCCGAACCUUGAUAGCGUGGUGGUCUGCCUGUGUGAUGAAACCCAAGAAUCUGUGAAGAAAUUCAUCUGGAGGAAGGACGAAACGAUCCUCCUGAUAGACACCCCCCACACCUUGAUAAGUUUGGAUGGGCACAAGUCCGUAAUGAGUCGCUACCGCUUCACCCCAAACGGCCAAGAGAAGUUGUCCUACACAGGACACUCACAUGUAAAGAUUGCUGGAGCUGGAGUGGUCAUCCUUAUUCCUCUUCUCCUUUUACUCCUCGUCAUCAUACGGCAGACAUCAGUGUCCCUCACGCCUCUCAUACCCGUUCAUCUGAGAAAGAGUGAAACUCAUUCAAUCACCUGCACGCUGACUGGCUGGUGUCUCAGGCUGAUCAGUCUGCGGUGGUCAGUCAACGGUAAAAGAAUUGAAAUGGAGCCUCUGGAUGGUGAGAAAGGGGAUUUUGACGAGAAGGUGUGGUUAUCAACAGACAAAGCCACCAAUUUCUCCAUGAAGAAAGGUCCCACCAAGAUGAGCUGCUGCCAAGGAGAGACCACCAUCACCUUUCAAUUCACACCAGGGAAACUAGAAUCAGAAAACAGUCUGAUCCGGUGCCGGGCCCUCCACAGGCUGACCAGACGGCGGGUGAUAGCCCAGUACUUGUAUGAGAGUAAAGUGUGACUGACUGGUCAGUAGGUGGUCACUGUGGGCCUGGAGUGCAGGAUGACUAGUCAUUAGGUGCUCCCCUCUUCACUGACUCUUCCCCCACUGGUCCUACCCCUCACAGUCAUGUGAUCUGUAGGCUCCUCCCCUUCACAGUGACCUUGACUCCAUCUCCCCAUUUUGCCUCAAAACUUGUCGUCCCACCCAACUCUGAUUUGCCUACUCGUGUAAUAAAUG